AUGCCUCGUCAAUUCUUUGUCGGUGGAAAUUUCAAGAUGAACCCCGUCUCGCGGGGUCAAAAGGAAUCUAUCAUCAGUGUCCUUAACUCUGCUGAUUUGGACAGUACGACUGAGAUCGUCAUUGCGCCUCCGUCACUUUAUCUCAUCCCACUCAAAGACACGGUGCGAUCGGAAAUACAGGUCUCUGCUCAAAACUGCUACUACAAAGAUUCAGGAGCAUUCACUGGUGAAAUAAGUCCUGCACAACUCGUCGACGCCAAUAUCCCGUAUGUGAUUCUGGGCCACUCUGAACGCAGGACCCUCUUCCAUGAAACGUCUGAGUUCAUUGCCCAGAAGACUAAGGCUGCUUUAAAUGCGAAGUUGAAAGUCAUCCUUUGCGUCGGUGAAACCCUUCCGGAGCGUGAAGCAGGGCAGACUGCAGCAGUCGUUCAGAAGCAGUUACAGGCCGUCGUCGAUGUGCUGCAGGAGAGUGACUGGAGUGCUGUUGUGAUCGCAUACGAACCUGUGUGGGCGAUUGGCACAGGCAAAGUUGCCACAUCCGCUCAAGCUCAGGAGGCUCAUCUGGAUAUCCGCACGUUCCUCUCUCAGAAAGUGUCCCCCGCUGUAGCAGAGAACACCAGGAUUAUCUAUGGAGGCAGUGUUACCGCUGCAAACUGCAAAGAACUUUCUACUCAACUCGACGUAGAUGGUUUCCUUGUCGGAGGAGCUUCAUUGAAGCCAGAGUUCGUCAAUAUCAUCAACGCGAGGAGGAAUUAGAUUGUGUGAUGACUCUGCAGUUGUACGAUACCGCUUGAUAUUCAGAUGAACUUGCAGAUUAUGUACUUAGACUUGCGAAAGAAAUAGGAUCACUGUAGAUCGUGAAUCAGUAUGUUCAGAGAUAUCAAUUGGUAGGUCUGACAUACUUAUAAGAAGUGUUCGGUCGGAAUUUAUACGCGAUCAUGAUUAUGAUGUAAUAGCUCACUUUCCCAGC